CCGACGCAGCCCACUCGGUUCAUUUGUCCUAGUUGCUUUUCUCCACCGUCACCGUACGGGGCCUCGGCCCGGUGUCCUACCGGCCACAGCUGCGAGAGAGCCGUGACAGAAAUGUGUCGCCCGCGUGCGCCGCAACCGAGAAACAUCACCUUUACUAAAACAGAUCAACCAUCAUGAUUCCCAUCACAGAGCUCCGGUACUUCGCCGACUGCCAGCCGGCGUACCGCAUCCUGAAGCCGUGGUGGGACGUUUUCACCGACUACAUCUCCGUCAUCAUGCUGAUGAUCGCCGUGUUCGGCGGCACGCUGCAGGUCACGCAGGACAAGAUGAUCUGCCUGCCUUGCAAGUGGGUGGUGAACAAGUCCUGCGAGACCAUGCCCGCGUUCCCCAACGCGAGCGCCGCCUACCCGCCGGAGCCCCAGGGCAUCAAGUACGACCUCGACCGCCACCAGUACAACUACGUCGACGCCGUGUGCUACGAGAACAAGCUGCACUGGUUCGCCAAGUAUUUCCCCUACCUGGUGCUGCUCCACACGCUCAUCUUCCUGGCCUGCAGCAACUUCUGGUUCAAGUUCCCCCGCACGAGCUCCAAGCUGGAGCACUUUGUCUCCAUCCUCCUCAAGUGCUUCGACUCGCCGUGGACCACCAGGGCCCUGUCCGAGACGGUGGUGGAGGAGAGCGACCCCAAGCCCCCCGGGAAGACCAACGGCUCGACGGACAAGAAGGCGUCGGGCGUGAGCGAGGACGUGGAGGCCAGCCUGCCCAUGCUCCAGCGGACAAAGUCCAGGAUCGAGCAGGGCAUCAUCGACCGCUCGGAGACCGGCGUCCUGGACAAGAAGGAAGGGGAGCAGGCCAAGGCCCUGUUUGAGAAGGUGAAGAAGUUCCGGAUCCACGUGGAGGAGGGCGACAUCGUGUACCGCCUCUACAUACGGCAGACCAUCAUCAAGGUCAUCAAGUUCGUGCUGAUCAUCAGCUACACCGCCUACUACGUGCGCUACAUCCGCUUCAGCGUGGUGUGCACGGUGAACAUUCAGAAGCUCACCGGGUACAGCACCUUCUACUGCGCCCACCCGCUCGCCACGCUCUUCAAGAUCCUGGCCUGUUUCUACAUCAGCUUGGUGGGGGUCUACGGGCUCAUCUGCAUGUACACGCUGUGCUGGAUGGUCAGCCGCUCCCUCAAGCGCUACUCCUUCGAGGCCAUCCGCGAGGAGAGCAGCUACAGCGACAUCCCCGACCUGAAGAACGACUUCGCCUUCAUGCUGCACAUGAUCGACCAGUACGACCCGCUGUACUCCAAGCGCUUCGCCGUGUUCCUCUCCGAGGUGAGCGAGAACAAGCUGAGGCAGCUGAACCUGAACAACGAGUGGACGCUGGAGAAGCUGCGGCAGCGCAUCACCAAGAACUCCCAGGAGAAGCUGGAGCUGCACCUGUUCAUGCUCAGCGGCAUCCCGGACACGGUGUUCGACCUGGUGGAGCUGGAGGUGCUCAAGCUGGAGCUCAUCCCCGACGUGACCGUCCCGCCGAUCAUCGCCCAGCUCUCCAGCCUGAGGGAGAUGUGGCUGUACCACACGCCGGCGAAGAUCGAGGCGCCGGCUCUGGCCUUCCUCCGGGAGAACCUGAAGUCCCUUCACAUCAAGUUCACGGACAUCAAGGAGAUCCCGCUGUGGAUCUACAGCCUGAAGAACCUGAGCGAGCUGCACCUCACCGGGAACCUGAGCGCCGAGAACAACCGAUACAUCGUCAUCGACGGCCUCCGGGAGCUCAAGAGGCUCAAAGUGCUGCGCCUGAAGAGCAACCUCACCAAGCUGCCGCAGGUGGUGACGGACGUGGGCGUGCACCUCCAGAAGCUCUCCGUCAAUAACGAGGGCACCAAGCUGAUGGUGCUCAACAGCCUGAAGAAGAUGGUCAACCUGACGGAGCUGGAGCUGGUCCGCUGCGACCUGGAGCGUAUCCCCCACUCCAUCUUCAGCCUGCACAACCUGCAGGAGAUCGACCUGAAGGACAACAACCUGAAGACCAUCGAGGAGAUCAUCAGCUUCCAGCACCUGCACCGGCUGGUGUGCCUGAAGCUGUGGUACAACCAGAUCGCCUACAUCCCCAUUCAGAUCGGCACGCUCACCCACAUGGAGCGGCUGUACCUGAACAGGAACAAGAUUGAGAAGAUCCCCAGUCAGCUCUUCUUCUGCCGCAAGCUGCGCUUCUUGGACCUGAGUCACAACAACCUGACGAGCAUCCACGCCGACGUCGGCUUCCUCCAGAACCUGCAGUACUUCGCCGUGACUGCGAACCGGAUCGAGACGUUGCCCCCGGAGCUCUUCAAGUGCAAGAAGCUGCGCACUCUGAACCUGGGGAACAACUGCCUGCGGACGCUGCCGUCGCGCUUCGGGGAGCUGACGGCGCUGACCCAGCUGGAGCUCCGGGGGAACCGCCUGGAGUGUCUCCCCGUGGAGCUCGGCGAGUGCCGCCUGCUGAAGAGGAGCAGCCUGGUGGUGGAGGAGGACCUGUUCAACACGCUGCCGCCGGAGGUCAAAGAGCAGCUGUGGAGGGCCGACAAGGAGCAGGCCUGAGCCGGGACCUCGCCCUGCGGCGCGGGGCGCGGGCGUGGGGGGGGUUGGGGGGGUCGUCACGUCAAAAGCAAAAAGGACCGGUCGGCUUUCAAGGAACUCCAGGGAUCAAAGGAAUGUGGCUUAUCCGUAAUAUCAUCCUGGUGUAUGAGAUACAGCAGCUGCGUGGGCGCAAGAAGCCGAUGUGGAAUACGCUCACACACACACACACACACACGCACACACGAGAGCUGAAUGUACAAAGGAAGCUGCUGUUCAACCUCUGGCCUUUGGGACAUUAUCACAAUGCCGUUUUGUUGUUGCGCCCUCAGAACGUCUUCAGAUCUCUGACUAGAUUCGUUCUAGUGAGUUUUGUGGCGUGAAAGACGGGGGCCCCCUGUUGUUUUCUUCGAGGCUCUUUUUUACGAGAACAACGCGACUCUGAUGAGGAUCGUCGAAGUGCACGAAAGUUUGUAACGGCGCCCCGUGAGGAGCCCGCUCUCCUGGCUCAAUGGGAGCUGCAGUGGAGAAAUGCACCAUUUUUACGGCUUUUUUUUUUUUUUUUUAAACGCUUUGCGUCGCUGACCAUCAUGUAUUUUUUAGUCUUUACCUUUAUUACUGGUGUGUCUUAUUAAGUCUGUGUGAUGUGCUUUGGAUCAGGUUUGGCCUGUUGAAACUUCAAGGUACAUCAUUUGGUACUUUUUUUUGUUUUUUGUUGUUUAAAUGCUGCCAUUUAUUUGUUUGUAUCAAGCUGCUUGUGCCGCGUAACACCAGGACAGCGUUUCCGUCCCUCCCUUAAAGCCACGGGGUCCAGUAGCCAAUCAGUAAGGAGAUGUCUGUCAACCACUGGGAUGACGGGAGUGCCCAGCUGUCAUCAGUGUUCUGCAGAGUAAACUGGACACACGUCAGCUAUUUUUUUUUCCCAUUUUUUCAAAAAUGUUUUUUCCCCCUUCACGAGCGAACCUGGGGGGGGGAGAAACCAACAGGAAAUCGCAAAGUGCAGGAAACCGGUCCACAUUCACGUUGCAAAUGAGUGCAACGCGCCAUGUCUGCUUGAAACGCUUUUCUUGUUAAGAUUUAAUAGCAUCGUUUGGAGUUAACCCCCCCCUCCCCCCCUACCCUCCUACGUUCACUCCGGCCAGGCCUCUUGUUGCUAAUAAGGCCUUAUCUUUUACAAGCCGAAAGCCCUCGUAACGAUCACAAACAUCACGUUCAUGACUCUUUUCCUUUUUUCAUUUCCCCCGUGCGUCGUAUAAAGUACUGCAGUAGUGCGCUUGUGUCCCACCGAUCAGACGUACGGUACGCGGACGUAUUGUCAGCAGCUGUGUCUUUUUUUUUUUUUUUUUUUAAAGGAAAGCUUCACUGUAAAAACACAAUCGCACCUUUUGUUCGGCCCGGCUCAAUCCAGAGGAAAUUGCUCCUGUGAAAGAAGAGCCUUCAAUCUUCAACGUGUUGACUAGCAACCCUGUUUUUAAAGAUGGAUGCAAAGGUCGCAGGAAUGGA